UUUAUGUAAUGUAAUGGUGUUACACAGUAACCUGGCUUCGUUGGCCGGAGAUACGUCCGCACAGGGGUUAAAACCGGGCACGGACCACCAGAAAAGAAAGAAAUAUCAACGUGCAGCGGUACGGGCCGUGUCCGUGCGGCGUUAGCCGAGCUCGGGGCGUCGAGAAGAGGCGAAGUGCGCGACCAGAAGCUGAGUAUUCGUCCAGUUUUUUCGUUAAGGGAAGAUGUUAUUCGCCUCACGCCAAAGACUAAGUUAGGGCUGGUAGCGCAUAAUGUCAGUGUGUGCGUUUCAUAAGAAAAGGAAAUUCGCGAGGUGAGCAUAUGUGGACUCGGGUCGGCGACAGCGUAGCUGGACGGAAAGAGGUCCGGUUCGAGCAGAUGUGGGACACGUUUACUGUAGCACCGGCCGUCAGCAUGAAAUUUAAAUGGUGCCUGCGACAAUAAUAACAAGACGAAGAGAAAGGACGACGCGCAGAAGAGUCUCCCCGUUUUGCUUUGGCGUACAAAGCGACCGUUCUUCCACUGGGACAUUGCUCUGGUGACAUAACCCCCUUUUCACAAUGGAUCUGCUGGAGUGUCCGCUCUGCCUCUUCCUGAUGUGCGAGCCGGUGACCAUGUCCUGCGGCCACACGUUCUGCCGGAGGUGCGUGGGGGGCUGCCUCCCCUCCAAAUGCCCGUCGUGCAAAGAGAGGUUGAAACAAAAGGAGGCGAAGAGCAUGAAGAACAACGUCCUGCUCAUCUGCAUCGUGGAAAAGUGCCACCCCGACGAGACGCGGAUGAAGUGCCACAUACAGGAGAAGCUCAAAGCCAACGAAUUCGCGGAAGCUUUGCGCAUCGCGAACGAGGGGCUGCGCUUAGUCCCUGAUGAUCAGAGCCUGAAGGUGUACAGAGCCGACGCUAACUCGGGCCUGAUGCGUUUCUCCGAUGCCCUGACGGACCUUGACUACCUCUGCUGCCUUCGUCCCAGUUGGACAGAGGGCUUCUUUCGUAAAGGGAAUGUACUGCUGGAAAUGGGUCAGCAGAAAGAAGCCCUCGUCCAGUUCCACCGUUGCCUAAAACUUCAAGGAGACUUCGUUCCUGCGAAGAGCCAGAUCAAGAAGGUCCUGGAGGCAGAGGGAGUGGCAGUGCCUGAAGAGGUGCCCUGCAUUUUGCAGGCGGUGUCCGAUUACCUCAAAGAGCCCUGUCCCAUUACCACCCUCAGCGUCUCGCAGGGGCUGAAUUAUUCUGAGGGCCUGAAACAUCCGCUUGAAGAUAAGGGAGAGGGAAAAGGGAGGAGAGAGGGACACCAGGUGAAACAUGACACGGGUACCGAGUGCUGCCUCAGCCUCUGCCAAGCCGUUUCCUUCCUCCCCGCUGCUGAAGAGGACGAGGAGAUGAUGACGAGGAAGGAAGACGGGCAUAGCAGAGGUGAAAGAGAUCUCCACACAGAGAAAACCCUGGCAGUUCUCAGCGUGUCAGACUUUGAGUGUCCUCUCUGCAUUAGGUUGUUUUUCGAGCCAGUCACUACGCCCUGUGGUCACACCUUCUGCAAAAACUGCAUAGAGAGGAGCCUGGACCAUAACCUCCGCUGUCCCCUCUGCAAACAGCCACUACAAGAGUACUUCAGGAACAGGAAAUACAACCCUACAGCUCUGCUCCAGGACAUCAUGACUCUACUUUUCCCCUCUCAGUUGGCUGAGAGAAAGCAGGUCCAUGAUGCAGAGAUGGCUGAACUGUCCAAUCUCACUAACGACAUCCCUAUAUUCGUCUGCACGGUGGCCUACCCCGGAGUGCCCUGCCCACUGCACAUCUUCGAGCCUCGGUACCGGCUGAUGAUGCGCCGCUGCAUGGAGACCGGCACCAAGAAGUUCGGCAUGUGCAGCUAUGAGCACGGCAAAGGGUUUGCAGACUAUGGCUGUAUGCUGGAGAUCCUCGGUCUGGAGCUGCUGCCUGAUGGACGGUCUUAUGUGGAAACAGUGGGUGGCAGCAGAUUCAGAGUGCUGAAGAGAGGCCAGAGAGACGGCUACCACACUGCUGACAUAGAGUAUCUGGAGGACCUCAAGGUUGACGACAGUGAGCUGGAGCUCUUGCAGCGUCUCCAUGACAGCGUGUACCAGCAGGCUCAGGACUGGUACCAGCGCCUUGGCAGCCGCAUCCGCGAGCAGAUCAACAGACAGUACGGCCCCAUGCCAGAUAAGGAGGAAGACAUUCAGGCUUCGUCCAACGGCCCGGCGUGGUGCUGGUGGCUGCUGUCUGUCCUCCAGCUGGAUCCUGCCUAUCAGACCACUGUCCUCUCCCUGACCACACUCAGAGACCGCCUGGGACACCUCCGCCUCGUCCUUGAGUACUUCUCUCAGAGCUAGAAAGCACAACGCAGCGGUACCGUGGCCACUAUUGGCCACCAGCUAAACAUUACGCACACAAACGGGAAUGAAACCAGUGAAUGCACUCAUUUAGAUUUUGAAAUGAGAUUUUGGGAAGGCUCCGAAAAUCGCGGCGGCACCGUCUUAAAGUCACAGCUCAAGGCCAGAUCAUCUGGUCGAUAGCAGAAGGCUUUAAUGCAGAAACCAGUGCAGUUGUACAGAGCUGUGUGUUUUUUUUGCUGCUUGCAUUUCUUCUUUUUUUUCUUACACUAGAGGAGUUUUCUGAAUACGCAUUGAACUUGCUGUACGAGUAAGAACUGCAGGGUUGACCAAAGAUGCUUCUCAUUUAAGGGUCAUCGAAGGCGAUUGUGGAUAAACUAAAUCACUUUCAAAUAAUGUUGCUGAAAAUAGGCACUGGGUGUCAUUGUUUUUUUUUUUGUUCUUUUUUUUCUCCAGUCAUCGCAAACAUGAAGGACAUGCAACGGCGCACAACAUAUGUGCCGUCAUGUGUUGCAUUUUCAAAUCUGGCUUUUUUGCAUUAGCGAGUUUGGAAUGAGAAUAAAGAUUAAUAGUACAUCAUUUGUAGUGAUUUAUUCAGGACUAUGCACCUUAAAGGGUUUAAGCUGUCAUGUUCUGAGUGACUGUCCUUUGCUACAGGCCACUAUUUGUAAUGCUUGCCUUAUAGCUGCGUUUAUUGGCCUUGGCAGCCAUUGACUAUGGCUCAUUUUGUACCACUGAAUAAUAAUAAUAAAAAAAAAUCCCAAUUUAGUCACAGUAACUAUUGCAAUAAUAAUUUAUAAUCUCACACGGCAGCAGUCAGAGGAUCUUGUUUUAAUUAAUGAAAGCUGCUGUCUCUGGAUGCUGUGUGUAAUCAUCCAGUAGAAAACGAGUACAUGGGAAGGUGCAACAGGUCCGUUAUACAGCGUUAGACUUCGAUUCUAGAAGUACAGCGUCGUAUUUAUGUGUCCGCCGUAAAUAAUAGGUCGUUUUUGUCCCUCGCCAUCUUCACUAGCUUUUUUUUUCUUUUUUUAAAUUUCUUUCGAAGUGGCGUCAGCACUGAUAACUGCUAGUAAAAAUGUUCUCUCCUGUGAGAUCCAAGACACCGUGGUAACAUCUGUUGAGCAGGGACGGCCUCAAAGAUAAUUUGGCUCUGAUACUUUGUCUCACGUGUAGGCCACAACACCUACCUCUGACCCUUACUCAAUCUUUGUGUCUGACUGGCCCUCCCACCACCACCACCACCACCACCACCACCACCACCACCAGUCACGGUGCCUUCGAGUACCUGGGCCGACUCAUCAGGAGACCUGAUCAGUCUUACAUGAUGUGAUUUGUAUCGACACAGUGCUACAUUCCGUGGAAUGUUGAUGCUGCAAAGAUGUGCGUAGUUAAUUUCCUAACAACCAUGGGGUUAACUGGGGUUUUUUGUUUGUUUGUUGUUUUUUUUUUUUUUUAUUACUUUAUUUUUUACUCUGAAACUGUGCCAUAGAUAUUUCCAUGUUGUAGGAGUAGCCAGCUUAUUUGUCACUGUGUUUGUCUUCAUUACAGUGGGCAGUUAACAAUCAAUCACUUUAAAAAGUACGGAAUACAGAAAACACACUGCAGAGCAAUAGCCCUGUUAGCAUGGCCGUGUGGAGGCAGGUUAACGAUCGUAAAACACAAAAAAGGUCAACAGCACCAGCAUCCGUCGCUCGAUUCACAGACCCAUCUCUGGACUCUUUGCUUGAGGGGGGAAGAAACUAUUUUUCUCUUUUUGCUAUUUCUCAUGAACGUUUCAAAGCCAUCUGUGUACGAGAUCGUGGAGUCAAGCGAGACAAUAAAAACGUGCCAGUUUUCACAGCGUGUCUCCAAAGCAUGUAAUGUUGUUUUCACUGAAAAAAUUAAUAAAAAUCAACUUCCUGGAAACGA